GUGAUUCCUUGGAGAAUCAACGGUUGGGGCACGCUUGGGAAAGUCAUGAAGCUCGAUUUCUUGGAAAAAGUCGAGGCCAGUCCAAGCCCUCCCUCUUCGUCCUUUCUCUCUUUCCACCGUUGAAGCGUUGAAGUCCUUUCCAACGUCUGCUGCGGGAUCGCGAGUGGGACGACAUUCGUUGGGGUAAUGAUCUCGUUACGUGAAACAAGUGGUCCGACCAAACGUUUCUAAUAUUAUGACACAGGUCCCGUCCGCAAUUCAUAAGGCUAACAGACUCUCGGGCUCUUCACUUGCACCCACCAUUCUGCUACUGAAUGUCUGUCCUUACUCGAGCACCGUCUGCAGCCCCUAGCUUGCGCCAACGACCGAUCGGCGUGCUCAACUCAUCCAGGGGCUUCGGGCGGUCGCAUACUGCACACAAGGCUCUCCCGUUCUCUCUCCACAAUGUCGGGACUUCCUCUGUGGGACCUGCGUCAAGUGGAAAGUUCCUCAGGAUGUUGAUGUUCGGAAAGCCGGGUGCGGGGAAAGGAACUCUUUCGACGAGACUGGUGCGAAAGUAUGAGAUCCUCUCCUUGUCGACGGGAGAUCUGUUGAGGCAGCAUAUUGCUGAGGGCACCGACGUGGGGCAAAUGGCAGAGAAAAUCGUUGCUUCGGGUGGUCUCCUUCCUGACGAAAUAAUGUUAAAAGUUGUCACGAGUAAGCUAGACCAUUUGCACAACAAGCAUUGGAUAUUGGAUGGGUUUCCCCGUACCUUGGGCCAGGGACGUCUACUUGAUGAUCAUUUACGACAAAAGGCCACACCUCUGAGUCUGGUUGUGAACUUGGACGUGGCCGAUGAGAUUAUUCUCAGUCGCAUAUCUGACCGAUGGGUCCAUCUACCUUCGGGUCGCGUCUACAACCUCUCCUACAACCCACCAAAAGUUCCAGGUCUCGACAAUGAGACUGGAGAACCAUUGACAAAGCGUCCAGAUGAUAAUCCUGAGGUCUUUGGUCGUCGCUUGAAACAAUUUUAUGCCACAACCUCUCCUCUUCUCUCUUAUUUCACUUCGACCGGUACCACACCUCUUGUCACGCUCACUGGCAAGACAUCCGAUGAGAUCUGGCCACAACUGGACGGAUUGAUUCGUGCGAGGUUCCCUUGCAUCAAAGAACGCGCGGAGACGAAAGAGGCGAAGAGACGAAACAGCCUCUCCGAGGCUGCUCUUCAUCGAUCAGUAUCCACCUCAGCGACCAAGUUCAAUUCAUGACCAUGUUCCUUCUUAUAUUCUUUUUACUAUGGUGGUUUUGUUGGUGACGUUGUAUGAUAUCCUUCCCUCGGCCUUUACGCCUGUAUUUCUAGCUCUCGCUUUCUCUUUUGUUGUGGAUUCCGUUAAUAGACGAUGGUACUGUACUAAUUGUAGUACUCGAACAGUUACAAUCAUCUCAAUGCAUACCUGGUUCAGACUGUC